AUGUCGUGGGUGAAAUCAGUGGCGUCUAGUGAGGAUGUUUUCGACGAGGAAGUGGAUGAUAUUAGUCUGCAGAACAAAGAAUGGAAAUACAACAUGGAAAAACGCGCAAAGGAUGGUUUCAGAGAUGGCAGUGAUGCAGGGAAAGAAGCGUCACUACAGGCUGGUUUCAACAUGGGAUACACAGAAGGCGCCACUAAAAUGAAAGUCAUCGGCCAGCUUAAAGGAAUCAUGAGUGCCGUUCGAUGCUGGUGUCAGGUUCAGCUGCCUGGAAGCCCAGCUUUAGCAUCUGCUACUGAUCUACUUCAGAAAUUGGAGACUCAUGAAGAUAGGCUUGUGGAGGCCAUGAGGAAAGCCCAGCAAAGGCCUCCACCUAGUGUGACUGAGAUGGUGGAUGACAUGCAGGACUUAAAUGUUGAGCAAAGGAAUGAAGGUGAAGAAUCUAGAUGCUCAAACAGUGGGGAUUGUUGUGGGAAAGAUAAAGCAAAUAAUGACUGCUGUGGAAACGUCAGAAUUGUGAAUGAAGAUUCAGCAAGGGCUCUUUGCCACGGUUCCUUCUCUACAGGAGAGAGUCUCAAACAGCUGCUGAACUGCUGCCUGGAUUUAGUAACAGAACUGGGGCUUCCAGAAGAGCUAAAACUUCACAUUCAGCAGCUCGCAAAUACUUGA